UUCGGUGAAAAUUUUUGUCGAAUAGCAAGAAAAAUGUCAGCCGAAGAUUCCUGGGUCUUCGACUCCUUAGUUUGCUUCUUACAUGGCCCCGUGUGGAAUGCACCGUUACAGACCUUUAUAGAGGAGAAAUCAUUAGUCUUCGAUCCAAACUUGCAGCUGGAUGAGAACAAUGCCGAGAUCCGGCAGAUACACGAGGAAUACAAAAAUCUCGUAGACUAUAUGCUGGGCAGCUUUAUGGAGGAGAUGCAAAUAUCGCCAGAGCAAUUCGAGCAGGCUUGCCUUGAGGGCCGCCAGCAGGGACAGGGAGAGAAUCCUUUUCAGUUCCAUCAGGUGCUCUUUCAACAGAUAUGGGCCGCCAACGAUUUAAAAAUUUUCAUACGCAUGAUGACGCAACGUAACGUGGAGCUUCAGUUGCAGGCAUUGGAUCUCAUUGAGAAGAAUCAAUUGUCCUUCGCAACAUCUACUGAACAGGCGGAUGAUGACAGUGCCACGGGCUCGGAUCAGGGGGAGACCGCCGCUGAAGUGGAACUUAUAGCCAAGGCGGUGAGCGACGAACUUGAAAGUCCCGAAGCAGCUCUGACGCCCGAUCAUGAUGCAGGCGUCGAUUUGGUUAACGAUAAGUUCCAACGCUUGAAUUUGUUCUUUGAGCAACAGGAUAAAGUCGACCCCAAUGAUGUGGUCUCCCGUCAGGAAUAUCUGCGCCAGCAGCGCGACAAGAUUGUGGAGAUUAAGAAGCAGACGCGUGCCAAGCAACUGCAGGACACUGUGGCACGCAGCAGCGCACAGGCAACCGGAUCACGACCUAAUUCGGCACAGGUGGCUCAGCGACUAAUGGAGAAUGGUGGCAAGACCACGGAGCUGGCGGCGCCUUCCCCAGACAGCGAGGAAUCUGCGGCGCUGCAGCUGCGACGUACACUAGCGAAGCGACUGCGUAGCGAGGUUGUGGAGCACAACUGAGUGCAUUAGUAUGUCUCCUGCUUAUUGGACACUGGGGGGAUUCGAUUCCUUGCCGAUC